GGUUUGCCCCCCAGCCCCUCACGGCAGCUCUCCCCCCAGGUGUGCGGCGACAUCCACGGCCAGUUCUACGACCUCAAGGAGCUGUUCAGGGUCGGGGGCGACGUUCCAGAGACCAACUACCUCUUCAUGGGUGACUUCGUGGAUCGUGGUUUCUACAGUGUGGAGACCUUCCUGCUGCUCCUGGCACUCAAGGUGCGCUACCCCGACCGCAUCACGUUAAUCCGGGGCAACCACGAGAGCCGGCAGAUCACACAGGUGUACGGCUUCUAUGACGAGUGCCUGCGCAAGUACGGCUCCGUCACCGUGUGGCGCUACUGCACCGAGAUCUUUGACUACCUCAGCCUCUCGGCCAUCAUCGAUGGGAAGAUCUUCUGUGUCCAUGGGGGUCUCUCCCCCUCUAUCCAGACGCUGGAUCAGAUCCGCACCAUUGAUCGCAAGCAGGAGGUGCCGCAUGACGGCCCUAUGUGUGACCUGCUCUGGUCUGACCCAGAAGACACAACAGGCUGGGGUGUGAGCCCGCGGGGGGCUGGGUACCUCUUCGGCAGCGACGUGGUGGCCCAGUUCAACGCCUCCAAUGACAUCGACAUGAUCUGCCGGGCCCACCAGCUGGUGAUGGAGGGUUACAAGUGGCACUUCAACGAGACCGUGCUCACCGUGUGGUCAGCCCCCAACUACUGCUACAGGUGCGGGAAUGUGGCUGCCAUCCUGGAGCUCGAUGAGCAUCUGCAGAAGGAAUUUAUCAUCUUUGAAGCUGCCCCCCAGGAAACGCGAGGGAUCCCCUCCAAGAAGCCUGUUGCUGACUACUUCCUGUGACCCCCCCACCAGCUGGCCUGAGGCAGCCCCUGGCUUUCCCUGCUGGGGCUUUUGGAAGACCUGGGGACGGAUCCUGCCCAUUCCUUGGGAUUGAAUGUGGGGUGGCCAGACUGCAGCCCUGCUCUGGGAUGAAGUGACUGUUACCUCCCUGCCCCAAAUCUCCAGCAUCUUUCUCCAGGUUUCAGCUUCCGUCCCAGGCUCUUAUUUAAUAGCAAGGCCCCUCCCCCUUCAGCCUGCGUCCUGGCCUGGCUGCAGCAGGGCCUCUGCCUUCCAAACGGGAUCCCACAUGUCGGGGCAGCAGGGGACCCAGGCCUGUGAGUCUCCCCACAGCUUCCUCUCCCCCGGGGGAUCACUUUCCUCACCAGGCCCUUUGGGUAGGCUGGCUAUUCCGACAUCCCCUUUCUCUUUGGGGAGGGGCCCCCACGGUCCCCUUCUUACCUGUCUCUUUACAUUUGUAUUUCUUUGGUU